AUGAUGGCGGCGCAGCCGACGGCUACCCCGGGGGUCCGCCUCGGCUGGAAGGGCCUUGGCGCUCUAGCGUCCCCGCCGCGCCUGGCGCUCUCUCGCUCCACCGCCGCGGCGCUCGCGUCACACAGGGUUGGCAGAGGAAAGUUUUCAGCUGCGGCCAUCACUACUGAUGAUUAUCUUCCAAUGCGAAGUACUGAAGUGAAAAAUCGGACAUCAGUGGAUGGAAUCAAAAGUCUCAGACUAAUCACAGCAGUCAAAACCCCCUAUUUGCCAGAUGGGAGAUUUGAUCUUGAAGCAUAUGAUUCUUUGAUAAACACACAAAUAAACGGGGGUGCUGAAGGUGUAAUAGUUGGUGGUACAACAGGAGAAGGUCAUCUUAUGAGCUGGGAUGAACACAUCAUGCUCAUCGGGCACACUGUUAACUGCUUUGGAACUAACAUUAAAGUGAUAGGCAACACGGGAAGUAACUCAACUAGAGAAGCUAUUCACGCUUCAGAGCAGGGAUUUGCUGUUGGCAUGCAUGCAGCUCUCCAUGUCAAUCCUUACUAUGGGAAGACCUCAACUGCAGGACUGAUCUCUCAUUUCGACGAAGUACUCCCGAUGGGUCCAACAAUCAUUUACAAUGUGCCAGCCAGGACUGGUCAGGACAUACCUCCUGCGGUCAUUGAGGCUCUCUCAGGUUAUCCAAACAUGGCAGGAGUGAAAGAAUGUGUUGGACAUGAACGGGUGAAGUGCUACACUGACAAAGGUAUAGCAAUAUGGAGUGGCAAUGAUGACGAAUGCCAUGAUUCAAGGUGGAAAUAUGGUGCUACUGGAGUCAUUUCUGUAACUAGCAACCUUGUUCCUGGUCUCAUGUGCAGUCUCAUGUUUGAAGGGGAGAACACAACGCUAAAUGAGAAGCUACAGCCUCUGAUGAAAUGGUUAUUUUCUGAGCCUAAUCCGAUUGGUCUCAACACUGCCCUGGCUCAGCUCGGUGUAGUGCGGCCAGUUUUCAGGAGGCCGUAUGCCCCUCUUUCUCUUGAAAAGAGGACCGAGUUUGUCCGGAUUGUUGAAGCAAUCGGGCGGGAGAACUUUGUGGGACAGAAAGAGGUGCAGGUUCUGGAUGAUGAUGAUUUUGUGUUGAUCAGCAGGUAUUAA